ACAGAAUCUAAUCAUAUAAUUUAUUAAAAAAUAUUAUAUAAUUUUUAUUUUCUUUUUUUAUAAAAAUUUUUAGUUAACAUUGAUUUAUAACAAUAUUAUAUUAUUGAUUACGAAAUUAAUUAAUAUAUUAUUUUAUAAAAAUAUUUAAAUUUUAAGUAAGAUUUUGUUAGAUUCUUUCUCAACAGAUUUUGUUAUAAUUUAAAUUUAUAGUUGGUUUAUUAUUAAUGUAAGUAAUCAAAUAUGUCAUCUUAACUAUUUCUGUAGGUGGUCCUACUAUGACUUGCUAAUGGUAGAUAAAAAUAGAACCCUAAAUUAAUAGAUUAGAUAGAUAUCCAAGGAACCAAACACAUUUCUAUAUCCAAACACGUGCUAUUCUAAUGGAAGUCCAAAAAUAAAUGAUAACUGGUAAAUGGUAGAUAAAAAAUAGGACUCUAUUUUAAUAGAUUAGAUAUAAUAAUACUAUAUUGAUAAGAAUUUUAAGUGAGUAUCUCACCAAUGGAAGUCCAAAAUUAGCAUAAGUCUCUCAAAUUAAAUAACACUAAAAAUAUUGAUUUUAUAUUAAUGAGAGACUUAAUGAAUCAAUCUCUCAUCACUAAUGAUGCUCUUAGUUCUUGAACUAUAUAAACCCAUGGAUGCUAGCGUCUAUUAUACAGAGAUCAAUUUAUUGCAUUAACACUUCAAAGACUAUAUAUACCUUAGCUUCAUUAAGAGAGAGAGUCAUCAUAUACUACAUGGCAAGUGUCAAUAUAUGGGGUUGUCUCGUUUUUCUUCUACUACUCUCAGUGCACCAAUGUCGAUCUUUGGUCGUACAAGAGCGACUUUCCGGUUCAAGCCGUGUGAUGAAGAUUAGAAGUGAGCUUUUUGAGAGGCUAAAAGAGCUGAAUGCUAAAUUAGAAGGUGAAGGCGUGGUCUUCGGCAAUACUCUUGACUCGAAGCGGCUCAGCCCCGGUGGUCCUGACCCAAAUCAUCACUAACGAAGGAGGAGACAACAAUUCUGCAUGUGUUUUUUGAACUUUUUGAUUUUGUUGGAGAAGUUUAAUAUUAUUACAACUUUUUGAACUUAACUGUAAGAGCAACAUUAUCGGGGACAAACUGUGUGGAUUUCUAAAAAAAAUAAAAAAAAAAUUAUUUUAACUAUAUUAAUGUAUUUCAUUUCAUUUCAUUUAAUUAAUUGAAUCUCUAGUUAUUUGACAUCUAUCGGGUUAGUUUGCAAACCUGUCAUCAUUGUUUCGCCUCGACCACUUCUAUUCUCUUUCUUCUUUGUGUAUUUUUUUUUAUUAUUUUUUUAGUAGUUAAUAUUAAGAAUCUCUCUUAAUAACCUACCGUUAAAGGUGCUCUAACGGUGUAGUGUUUAAUUUCACUGACACCGGAUUGUAAACAUUCAAGCUUAAAUCUUCAAAGUUAAAAGAUGUGUGACCUAAAAGCAGCUUGUUUGAUCUAUAAACAUAUGUAGAAUUUUCUUAUGGCACAAUUCUAUCUCUUUCCACUAAUGUGUUGCUGGUUACAUUAUCUCAUAUGCAUUGUCUUGGUUAUUUGAGGCUCUAUGUUAAGAUUUAAGCUUCAUCUGCUGUCUUGUGAGAUUUUCUCUAUAAUAUGUAGGUUUUAGAGAGAAUUUACCUGCAUAUUUGAAUUUUUGAAACGGGGGGGGGGGGAAAAUUAACGAGUGCGGUAGCAAAAUUUUGGUGGAGUCCUGUAGGUAGCACAAAAGGACUACAUUGGAAAUCUUGGGAUAAGGUAUGUGUUAGCAAGGAAGAUGGGGGAUUAGGUUUUAAGGAUAUAACUGAUUUCAAUACAGCAAUGUUCGGUAAGCAGUUAUGGAGGCUAAUAGAAAAGCCACACACGUUAUUCUCUCGGGUAUUUAAGGGUAGGUAUUUUAGGAAUGCCUCACCACUUGAACCGGUUCGAUCAUACUCUCCGUCAUACGACUGGAGGAGUAUUGUCUCUGCUAGAUCUCUGGUAAGCAAAUGACUAAUCAAAAGGGUGGGAACAUGAUCUUCUAUAUCAGUAUGGAACGAUCCUUGGCUCCCAACCACUCGCCCGAGACCAGCCAAUAAAAAUCAACACAAUUUGUUUCCAGACCUUACAGUGGAUUCCCUUAUUGAUUCCACUUCGCGAAGAUGGAAUUCACAGGUUCUUCGGACAUUGGUGGACCCAUAGGAUGUGAAAAUUAUAGAAAGUAUUCUUUUGAGUAGAUAUCAUAUGGCAGAUAGGAAUAGAUGGCAUUUCACAAAUAAUGGAAAAUUUACGGUCAAAUCAGGAUAUCAAGUGGAGAGGAUUUACCCGGAUAGGGAGAGAAUACCGUCAUUCAUUGGUCCUAUGGUUGAUGUUCUAAAGGCUUUUUGCUGGAAAAUCCGGUGUCCACCAAAGAUGAAACAUUUUCUUUGGCAACUGAUCUCAGGAUGUAUAGCAGCCAAGAAGAAUUUGCAGGCAAGAGGGAUGCAAGGGGAUAUAUGUUGUGCAAGAUGUGGAGCAGAGGAGGAAUCGAUUAACCAUGUGUUUUUUGAGUGCCCUCCAGCUAUUCAGGUGUGGGCUCUGUCAAAGAUCCCAACAAAUCAAGCUAUUUUUCCGACAGAUUCUUUAUUUACAAAUAUGGAUCAUCUAUUCUGGAGAGUCGGUCCACCUAUGGAAGAUAAUUAAUUUGCAUGGAUACUUUGGUACAUUUGGAAAUGAAGAAAUAAUAAGGUUUUUAGUAAUCUGGAGAUAGAUCUUAGGGAUACUCUUAAAUUGGCUGAGACGGAAUCAACACUCUGGGUUGAUGCCCAGUUGCAGAAAGAUCAGAAGAUGGGAGCAGAGCCUCAAGUUACGCUUCCUCCGUUGAUUCCCGGCAGAUGGUGUUUUACAGAUGGAUCAUGGAAAGAGGGGGAUAUGUUCUCUGAUCAGGGCUGGUUCAGUACUUUAGUUGGAUUUGUGGGUCUGAUGGGAGCUAGGAAUGUAAGAGCGUCUCUCUCUCUCCUCUGCAUGCAGAGUUCGAGGCGUUACUAUGGGCAAUGGAAUGUAUGAGAAACUUAAGACAAUUUCAGGUUACGUUCGCAACGGACUGUUCUCAAUUGGUGAAGAUGGUUUCAGAACCAGAAGAAUGACCAGCUUUUGCAAAUUAUUUGGAAGACAUCAGGAAUCUGAAAGAGAGUUUUACAUAUUCAGAGAUAAUACAUGUACCAAGGACGCAAAAUAAAAAGGCGGAUAAUCUAGCACGCAGUGCCAGAAAACAGCUGUCUUUCGUCGUUCACAUGGACCAAUAUUUCCCGGUGUAGUUUACACAGUUUAUAUAAGUUUGUAAUGUUGUCGACAAAAAAAAAAUGUUUAUGAAUUUUUGAGACCCACAAGUACAUAGUGAAGACUGUCAGCAUUAUUUUCAACACAAAUUAAAUACGAGAUAGUUCAUCAAUAAGGAACACUUCAUCUUAUAUGUAUCUCUUUUUUUUUUGUAACUUAUGUAUCUAAUUUUUUUUGAAAAGUGUAAGUUUAGAAAAUAGUGUAACAAAGAGACACUUGAAAGUUCGAUAAAGGGGAGGUGGUAACGUUAAAUUUAAUGUGGAUUUAAAUAUUUAGAAUAUUUAACAUUGACAAACAUAUAUAUAUAUUAAAGUCUUCAAAAUUUAAUCUAAAUAGGAACCACAACACUAGUUGACACUAAAUCUUAUAUCUAAACUAAAUGAUUUUACAUAUCAAAUGAUUUUGAAACUAUUAUUGUUGGAUGAUUCACAGUACUAUUUAAAAUUGACGGCAAAACAUACCACAAUUUGAAUAUAUAUUUUAUUCAUAAAUGAAAAUGUCAAUUGGAAUAUUACGAACCUAUUUUAAAGCACCAUUUUAGAAAAAAA